AUGGGAGGUGAGAAGAGUAUUUCUCGUGAUGGUUUUUGUCACCUAAUUUGUCUCUAUUGCGCCGGUAAGGAAACUUCCGUGGUGGUGGCAAGUGGCAAGUGGCAACGGCGGCGCCACAGACAAAACCUGGUGUGGACCUUCCGUGGUAGUGGUGGCACCGGCCGCGGCACUGACAAAAGGUGGUUGACUUUUGAACCAAAGCGGCGGUUGGCAAUUGGAGAAGUGGUGGUGACAUUGGAAUGUAAGUGA